AUGCAAAACGUCCUGAUUCCGACCCGCAUCAACUCCCGAGGAAUGCAAGAGGACGAGGACACCGUCUCCCGCCAAUCUGACUUGAAGCUUCUUGAGAAGCUCCGAGCCCUUUUAGCUCCUGCAAUGAGACUCCCCCCGGAGAUUGUUUGUAUGAUCUUUGAGCAAUGCAUGCCACCCAAUAAUGCGGGGCGGAGACAUCCAACAGAAACACCUUUAUCGCUUGGACGUGUGUGCGGUGCCUGGAGGAACUUGGCGAACACCUGCCCAGUCCUUUGGGCUCGUCUGGACAUUCAUCUUCCCAACUCGUCUUCUGACUGGUACAAGACCACCGCUCAUAUCCUCGCCGCCAUUGAAAAAUGGACAACGUGUUCUAAUAAUCGACCUCUCGCUCUCUCACUCGUCGAUUACGGCGGAUUUCCUCCAAUCCAUCUACCUCGGAUUGCGCACGCGCUAUGUUCGCACGCGCAUAGAUGGUCGUCCAUCGACCUCUACGUGUCAUCGCGGUGUUUCGCGCCUCUCAACCGCCUCCUCUACAGCAACAAUCUCUCGGCUUUGGAGAAGCUCACUAUGCACGAAAGCAUCGAAUCACAUCGAUCCCGACGCGAAAUAUGGCGACCCCUGCCAAACUACCCCCGUCUCACGUCUCUAUCAUGGGCAACCAACUAUGUCGACGAGACAUUGCUCGUAGACUGGUCACACCUCACCGAGCUCUCCCUGCUCUGGGAUCCCACAGAGAACCACAUCUUCCGCUACAGUCACAUGCUGCGCAUCCUCUCGCAGGUGCAGAACCUCGUCACCCUCAAUGUCGGCCUUACGAUUGAGUUGUGGUACGACAUCGACCACGAAGCCGUCGAAAACGUCGUCCUCCCGCGGCUGAACACCCUCAGGAUACGCCGCCCCGCCCCGUUGGCCAUGGUGAACUCCUUCUUUGAGCGCCUUGUCGUGCCCGCGCUGCGGAACCUCGAGCUCGACGGCAUCGCGAUCUUCCACUGCCCUGCCGACCCGUGGUAUCUUUCCAGGAUCGCAGGCAUGCUCGAGCGGUCGCAGUGCGACCUGGAGCGCCUGAGCGUUGUCCGCGCGCACGUCACCGAGGAGGAGCUCCUCAAAAUGCUUCAAUGGUGCCCGCACUUGAAGGAGUUGGUGUUCGAGGUCGUCAGAGGCUGGACCACACCGCGGCAGCUCAUCGACAGGCUGACCGCGCUGCCCCAGUCCGCCGAUGGGCGUGGCGAGGCGAGUGUGUGGCUCCCAUACCUUGAGCGCUUAGAGCUCAUCGGUGGUUUGGACAAGGGUAUGCCUCUGCGUGAAAUAGGCGGUAUGGUUGCGUCGCGGCGCACGUCGUUUGCUCACGAUACGCAAGGGCUGAAUGAUUUCGUGCUGAGGCUAGCAGCCGCCAUACACGAUCCUGAGGAAAGGCAUCCGGACUUGCGCGAUUUGCAGGUUACGCUUGAGGACUGCUCUCAAUUGAAUACACACUUGCAAGCUCGCGUCCAGAUUGAUAGAAUGUACGAGCCCAGUUACCUAACCGUGCAAGGAGCCCUGUGAUAGCCAGCUAGCCACUGUAUAUCAUGCAGACCUACCCUUUUCCCUGAUAUAACCACUCAAUUCUAUACCUUAGUUCCGAAUAGAAUGUUGAUCACGC